AUUCAAACCUCAGCUAUCAACCUCUGUUAAGCUCGUGUCUCCAUCUUUGAGGGCUUCCAGAAGUUUAAAAGCCUUAACUCUCACACCAUGGACGGUGAGAAAGUGGAAGGCAUCUGUAGACAAAACAAUUCUUAGAACUUUGGUGGUAGUUGUGUAUUUAUUGAUUUCGGCUGGCAAGUAGUGUUGCUAUCUGAUCUCCAUAUAUAACCUUCUAAACCUACUUUCCUUCACAGAAUUAACAGCAUAAUACUUGCUUGUGUCCACAUAAGAAAAGGGAAGGAAGAAAGAUGUCGAAACUAGGCAUCACCACCAUAAUUCUGACCCUAGCCCUCAUUUCAACAGUGCCAGCAAACACGGCAGCAGCCCCAGCCCCGGCCCCGGCGGAAGCACCUGCACCUGUUUCAGGUCUUGGUCCGGCCGCCCCGGCUCCCGUGGAAGCACCUGCACCCGUUUCAGAUUUUGGUCCGGCAGCUUAUGGACCAAUCCCUGGUAAUGAUUGUAUAACAGCAGUGGCGAAUGCGUCUGAUUGCUUGGACUAUGUAACAACAGGAAGUAACUUGACCGUUCCUGACAAGAAUUGCUGUCCUGAGAUUGCUGGGUUGAUAGAGACCAAUGUUAUAUGUUUGUGUCAGUUGCUUAGUGGUGAUGUUGCUAAGCAAUUUGGGCUCUCAAUUGAUUUCGGUAGAGCUGUUAACCUUCCUGCAGUUUGCAAGAUUGCUAAUGUUCCUUCAGCCUCCUUGUGCUCAGUUGCGGGAUUCCCAGUAGCUGCUCCUGCAAGCGGUCCAUCAACAGGCUUACCACCUCCAGUCCCAGCUGCUGAGUCCCCGGGAGGAUUAGCGGCAGGCCCAUCAGCUGGAGAAAAGGGCGCUGCUUCAAGCAUUGCAGGCUCAGCUUUUGCCGUCUUUGGUGGCUUAGCAAUUUCAAUUCUUUCAACAUUGUUCUGAGUGUGUUCCUCACUUGUAGCUGUUCAUUUAAGUCUCGCCAUUUUAUUAAAUACUGUAACCAUGAGAUCUUGUAUGUCUAGUAGCAAAAUAAAGUGUGGGAUUUAUUGAA